AUGGAUACCAGUUCCUCUAAUCUCGUGGUGCCCUUGGUGGGCGCCAUUCAGGCGUCAAUCGCAGUGCUUUUGACUAUCGUCUUCGGAGUGGUCGCUGCGCAGUGCAACUUGCUCUCCGUCAAGGCUGCCAAAGAAGUGUCGCGCAUUUGUGUGCGAAUGUUCUUGCCUGCACUGCUGAUCCAUAAAAUCGGCACGAACAUGCAUCAAGAUACGGCUGUGCGUUAUGUUCCUGUCAUCAUCUGGUCCAUCACUUACACGCUGUUAUCACUCCUAGUCGGACAUAUAGCAUGCCGUGUGUUCAAAUUCCCACCUUGGGUCAAGUUAGCAGUAGGCUUCAACAAUACAACGAGUCUACCACUCCUCCUCAUCGAAUCUCUCAAAACGGCAGGCAUUCUGGACUCCAUAGUCAUCGGUGGGGACACCGCAUCGGCUGCUCUUGAUCGUGCAGAAUCAUAUUUCCUCAUCAAUGCCAUGGUCAGCAAUUCCUUAUGUUUUGCAGUAGGUCCGCGCGUGCUACUACGACCCAACGAUGAAGAUGCGGACGACGAUGAAUCAGAAGAUCCUUCUUCCAACGGAGUCAAGCCAAACUCUUCGUCCUCCUCCGCACACGAACAACAACAAGAGGAACAAGACGAAUUAGAAAGAGGACCCGACGGUAUCAUCGACGAGGAAACCUCCCUCCUCCCGCAACGGCUCGUACAGUCGACCAACAACGUCACACGCCGGGGCUACAAACGCUCGCAGGCCUGGAUAUCGAGCCUCCCACCUUCCCUUCAAAAUGUGGUAGACAUCCUGUUGCAAUUCGUCAACGCGCCCCUCCUAGGGGCUCUCGCUGGCGCCAUCAUCGGUCUUACCCCCGCCCUCCACACCCUGUUCUUCAACCCCCCAAACGAAGGCGGACACUUCAAUGCCAACAUAACUUCCUCUAUUCAAAACAUCGGAUCGCUCUUCGCAUCCACACAAAUCAUUGUCGUGGGCGUCAAAUUAAGUCAGUCCCUUCGCAAGAUGAAGGCAAGGGAGGAAAGCGGCAAGGUGCCGAAAGCAGGCCUCGCAUUCAUCACCAUCGUGCGGUUUUUCAUCUGGCCUGCGAUCAGUAUCCCGUUUAUCUGGGUGUUGGCAACGAAGACUGGAUUACUGGGCGACGAUCCUAUGCUUUGGUUCGUGAUGAUGUUGAUGCCGACCGGGCCGCCUGCUAUGCUUUUGGUGGCGCUUUGCGACGUCACGGGCUGUGAGGAGGAAGAGAAGAUGGCCAUUGCGAAACUGUUGACGGUAAGUCUCUCUAACUAUUUCUCAGCCUUUUUCUUUUUCCUCGACCUCGCUUCUUGUUCGAGGUUUAGUUGUUUCUGGCCGGAUCGAUUGCUGACUUUGCUGGUGAAACAGAUUAGUUAUGGCAUCACGCCUUUGAUAUGCUUUGCCGUUGUGGGCAGUUUGAAGGCGAGUGAAAUGGCUAUAGGUCACCAGUAG